AUGCAUGUUGCACUGCGACCACGCAGUGGUUGCCUGGUGCUUUGUCUGUGCUUGUCUGCGUUCACCCUGCUGCUACAGAGCCUCUGGGUGCCGCUUGAGAUGACCAGGGACGAACCUGCUGGGAGGUCACCUGAAGAACAAGGUCAACGUGGUCUUGGCUUUCGUAGGAUGGCUCUUCGCUUGGAGGCUUUGAGUACUCAGGUGCAGAGGCUGAGCAGAGAGAGAGAUGUCAGCCAGCUGACCAGAGAUGAUCUCAGUCUGUUAUUACAGAGCUUUAGACAAGACCAACAGGGUUUAGCACGCUUAGUGGAGAGGGAGCUGAAGAAAGUGUCCCAGAGACUUGAUCAGCUCAGCCAUCAUCAACGACAUCACUAUCAGUCUAACACACUGUCUCCACAUGAUGACCUCAGACUACACACAGGGCCCAAUGAGAGGUGUGAGGUGCCAAUGGACUCAGCAUAUCCGUUGUGUGCAGAGAAAGUGGAGUUCCUGCGGGCCCGUUGGCAGUCAGACACUUGUUAUGCCUUUUAUGGGGUGGAUGGUACCACAUGCUCCAUUUUGACAUACCUUAGCCAAAUAGAGGACUUUUGUCCCCCUCGACUUGGAAGAAACCACUCUGCGCUGCCAUGGCACCAGAAAGCUCACUCACAAACACAGCAGGCAGAGAUUCGUACCACUCUGAGCCCGCUGUAUGAGGUCAUCAGCCGCAGCGGUCCUGCCUUGAACUUCAUCCAGUCCAGAAUAGAGAGGAUGUCUGAACGGUGGAUCCAUGCUGCUGUGAGGAUGAGGCAAAGCAGCAACAAGACACUCUCAACCCAGAUGAGGGUGCUGCUUUAUCCCGGUGCUCUGGCUGGGAGUGUUGGCAAGCGUUUUGAAGCCCUAGUGGAGAGAGGAGGUCCGCUGGGAGAACUCGUCCAGUGGGCCGACCUCAGUGCCUGUCUGACAAUCCUGGGCCACAACUUAACCUUCAGCAUCUCACAGCAACAACUCCACAGCCUGGUAGGUGCUGCGCCAGGCAGAGGCAGUUGUCCAAUUCAGAAGCCACUGACCUUUGACCUCAUCUACACUGACUACCACGGCCUUGCUCACCUUAAAGGUGCCAUGGGACUGGCUUUUCUGCAUUAUCGGUGUCGCUUCAGAAUCCUGGACUCUUUUGGCACUGAACCAGCCUUUAACCUGGGGACUUAUGCUCGGAGUCAUGGAUAUAAAACACUAUGGGGCAGCUGGGGUCUGCAGCCUAUGCAGUACAUGACCAUGUUCCCUCAUACUCCUGAUAACUCCUUCCUGGGCUUUGUGAGUGAGGAGGCAGCGAGCGAGGAGGUGAGGGAGGAUGAGCCACACGCUUUCAGGAAAGAAAGGAUAGCAGUUGUCUACGGCAAGCAGGACUACAUGUGGCAGGGUAAAUCUGAGUAUGUGAAGGUGAUCAGUAAAGAACUGGAGACCCACGCUACAGUCUACCAGCCGCCAGCACUCACCUCUAAUCUGCCCAGCUUCAUCACAAACCACGGCCUGCUGACUCAGGAACACUUCCUACAACUUCUCCGUAGAGCCAAGGUGUUUGUAGGUCUUGGGUUCCCCUAUGAGGGUCCAGCUCCCAUUGAGGCAAUAGCUCUGGGCUGUGUCUUUCUUCAGCCACAAUUUGACCCUCCACACUCUUCAGACAACAAUAACUUCUACAAAGGCAAGCCCACCACAAGACGGAUCUCCUCCCAGCACCCUUAUGCUGAAAAAUUCAUCGGCAAACCGCACGUGUGGACUGUAGAUGUGACCAACAAGACUGAAGUACGGGAGGCCAUCAGAGCCAUUCUACGCACAGAGGUGAAGCCUUUCACUCCCAGAGAGUUCACUUGUGAAGGGAUGUUGGAGAGGGUUCAAAGUUAUAUCACUCACCAGAAUUUUUGCAGUAAAUCUGUUCCUACUUGGCCACCAGAAAGUGCUCUAAGGGUGCACCUAGGUCCUCUGGGUCAGUCAUGCGUGAGUGUGUGUCAGCGGUCCUCCCUUGUGUGUGAGCCUGCUCUGUUUCACCACCUGAACAGUCCUGCUACGUUCACCAGACUCAAGAUAGGCUGCUCGAGCAUGGCGAAGGAAGUCAACCACAUGUUUCCUUCCUACAGCCCUUGGGGCCGACAGUGUGGCCUUCAGCAGGAACCUCUGCUGUUUAGUUGUGCUGGUUCUGACCCGUCACAUCGCAGACUAUGUCCCUGCAGAGAUCACCUUCCUGGACAGGUGGCACUGUGCCCUGACUGCUUCUGA